UUGCUGUUGACAACUCAAAUAAACUAAUGAGAAUUCUUUAGAUAAUAAGUAGAUAUACCGGUGUCAUUUAUAACCAAUUAAUCUAAUCUAAUUCACUUGUAUGUAUUCACUCGCGCCAGCAGUGCCACUUGGUGCCACUUAAUCUUGGACUAGCACUUCGGUAGCACAGUCAUCUUUGGACACGCGAUCGUGAGCAACUUUGUCAGGAAAAAAAGGAAUUACAUUUUAUGUUUUAAAAUACUACUGGCUUUUUUAUACAAGAUUAUUAGAACGAGAAGAGUUUCUAGAAGACACACACAUAAUGAACACCACAAUGAAAUCCACAAUCCAAUCUAUAAAAAGCUCAUAUACUUGUUUGACAUGUGGUGUAAUCUUUGAAGACUCCGCAAAACAAAGACAGCAUUAUUCUACCGAAUGGCACAGGUACAAUCUGCAUAGAAAGGUAGAUAAUUUGUCUUCCAUUACAUUGGAAGAAUUUCAGAAGAAGAAAGAGGUGUUACAAAACACCGAAGCCAGUCAGACAAAACAGAACUGGCACUGUAAAAUAUGUCAGAAGAAAUUCCAUAGUGAGAAACAACAUAAGAAUCACUUAGUGUCAAAUAAACAUAAGAAGAAAGAAGAGGAAACAGAAAUGGAUGUAGAUGAUACAAAAGACAAUAAAAGUAUAAAAGAAGAAACGCAGGAUAGUAAAGAUGAAGAUUCCUUAACUCAUUCGUAUCUUGGAGGUUCAUAUUGUCAAGUGAAUAUGUCAAGUACAAAGAGUGAAGAAAUGCAAACAGAUUCAGAUGUGGAGUCUCUAGAUUCAGACGAGUGGCUUGAUGACUUGGAAAAUCCUAUAGAUCAAAACAACUGCUUGUUCUGUAAUCAUCACAGUAGCUCUAUGAAACGCAACUUAAAACAUAUGAUGAUAGAGCAUUCGUUCUUUUUACCUGAUCUUGAAUACUGCAUUGACAAGAGAGCGUUGCUGCUGUACUUGGGGGAGAAAAUAUCUGGCAAAUUCAGAUGCAUUUGGUGUACAGGAAAAGAAAUGCGAAGCGUCGAAGCGGUAAGAAUGCACAUGAUUGACAAAGGACAUUGCAAGUUACCUUUUGAGGGAGAAGGAUUUUUGGAAUAUUCGCACUUUUACGAUUACUCCUCCAGCUAUCCGGACGCGGAAGACGCGGAUCCGGAUGAGGAGUUGUCGGAAUCAUCGGAAGUUCCUCUAAACGACGACUCCUUUAUGAAUUACGAGUUGAAGUUGCCAUCAGGUAAAGUUGUUGGACAUCGCGCCCUGAUGCGCUACUAUCAGCAAAGUCCAGUAUCUACGGGAUCGGUCGUGGUAGCGAAGAAUAGGAAUGAGAAAUUAAGAAAACUGGCACAGCAGUACAGAGCUCUAGGUGGACCAGCGACGCAAGAAGAGGCCACUCGGAGGAGAGCGCGAGAUAUUCGGUAUUUGAACAGGAUUCAAGGAAAAUACUUGACACAGUUGCAAUGCAAGCAAAACAAAUUGCAAAAAAACUUUAGAUCGCAAAUAAACUUCUAGAAUCAUUGCGUGCAACUGUGCUGUGUUUAUCAGAUUUUCUCUGUCUUAAUUUUAUAUUAAACUUGAAAAACUCAAAUUUCACUCGAGCGACUUGCAAACGCGUUAUCUAUUUGAUUAUUUUCUGAUUUGUUAUUAUUAUUAUUUUUUUUAUUUUUAUCUUUAUAACUCUUUCACUAUUGAGCUCGAGUUAAUUCGAACACGAGAAAAAACAUGGCGGUCGUGCUCGGAAUAUGUUAGAGCGUAGAGCGACUUUAAAAAACUGAUAUUUCGUGACACAAUUAGUAAAAAUAAUUGUUAAUUAAUAAAAUAUUUAGUGUCAAUAAAAUAUUUAAAAACGGUUGUUAAUUGUUAAUAAUAAUUCAACAGACACAAGUUGCAUAGUAUCUCAUUAAGUUAGCAGUGAAAAAAUUAAUAAAUACGCAGUCAACGCGCGAUAUAUGUAUAAGUUAUGUUAAAUCACACAUUGUACGAUACGGAUUUGGCGAACGUUUUAUUUUACAAAAUAAAUCAUGUAUGCAUUUUCUAAA